UCUGACCUCUCUCUCUCUCUCUCUCUCUCUCUCUGUGCAAACAUUCAUGGCAAAAGAAUCAUGAUCACCACUCCAGCUCAAAGCCCAUCUUGAGCACAACAUCAGAUCUCAAACACAGCCUUAUGGUUUCUGUUAUAUAGAGAGCUAGCUGGGAUAUGAGAACUUGGCUGCUAUAUAGAGUUGAUAAUUUCAUCCAAGAUUUCAAGAGCUUAAGGGAAAGAAAAUAGCAUCUACUUCAGAAAGAAGAAUCCUUUUGAGCAAUGAAUAAAAGUAAUUUGGGCUCCAUCAGCAGCUCUGAUCUCAUCGAUGCCAAGCUUGAAGAGCAUCAGCUUUGUGGAUCCAAGCAGUGCCCUAGUUGUGGACACAAGCUUGAAGGAAAGCCGGACUGGUUUGGUCUACCAGCUGGAGUAAAAUUUGAUCCAACAGACCAAGAACUAAUAGAACACCUUGAAGCGAAGGUUCAAGCCAAAGACAUGAAAUCUCAUCCUCUGAUUGAUGAAUUCAUCCCCACUAUUGAAGGAGAAGAUGGAAUUUGUUAUACCCAUCCUGAGAAACUUCCAGGAGUAACGAGAGAUGGCUUAAGCAGACAUUUCUUCCACAGACCAUCAAAGGCUUACACCACCGGAACAAGAAAGAGAAGGAAAAUUCAAACAGAAUGUGACUUGCAAGGGGGAGAAACAAGAUGGCAUAAGACAGGUAAGACCAGGCCAGUCAUGGUGAACGGAAAACAGAAAGGGUGCAAGAAAAUUCUUGUUUUAUAUACUAAUUUUGGAAAAAAUCGAAAACCCGAAAAGACAAACUGGGUGAUGCACCAGUACCACCUUGGCCAGAAUGAAGAAGAGAAAGAAGGUGAGCUGGUGGUGUCCAAGAUAUUCUACCAGACACAGCCAAGGCAGUGCAACUGGGCCGAUAGGAGCGCAAUAACCGCGGAAGGUAGUAGUGAUCCUAACAGCAGAAGAGAUAGUGGGAGUGGAAGUUGUUCUUCGAAGGAAGUAAUACCACAUCAAGAAGAUCAAGGAGCCGCCGGAGUUGCUGCUGCCUUUGCAAGUUAUGGUGCCAUGGAUAUUCAACAGUUGAAACCUGAGCAUUUCAGCUUUGCUCCAUUUAGGAAAAGCUUCGAUGAGGUGGGGAUAGGAGAAGCUUCAACAGUAAGGGAAGCUCCGGGACAAGGCACAUGUGAGGAGAUACAUGAGCAUCCACGGCCACAUCACGUGACCCAUGAUCCCCAUCAGCAGCAGCAACAACAACAUCACCAUGCACAUACACAUCAUCAGAUUGCCACCACGGCAUUCCACAUCAGUAGGCCUUCACAUCCCAUCUCCACCAUCAUCUCUCCCCCUCCCCUACACCACACCUCCAUCAUUCUUGAUGAAGACUCCUUCCAUGUCCCCAGAAUAAUGCUUCCAAAUGAAAGUUUUCAGCAACAACAGCAUCAAACGCAACAGCAGCAUCAUAAAAUGGGAGGAAGGUCUGCAUCUGGAUUGGAGGAACUCAUAAUGAGUUGCACUUCAACUAGUGAUAUCAAAGAGGAGUCAUCCAUCAACAAUCCACAAGAAGCAGAAUGGCUCAAGUACUCCUCCUUCUGGCCUGACCCUGACAACCAGGAUCAUCAUGGGUAGAAGAAAAAUUUCAGACAACAUUAAUAUUAUCAUUAUCAUUAUUAAUACUCCAAGCCUCUGUCCAAGUUCUUCUUAACAAGAGAGGCCAACACAUAGUUUGCUCUGUUUACUUUCAUUUUCUCUUGGGAGUGGGGGCCUGAUCAAGUCUCAAACUGAAACUAACUAUGUUCAAACAGUCCAUGUUGAAAAGGAAGGGAAAAGAAAGGAAAAGGAAGGAAAAGGAAAAAGAGAAAGGAAAAGAAACAGAGGGAAAGGCUGCUCAAUAGAAGGAGAAGGAACCAAAGACCCAAAGCAAAUCUUACCAUCCUGGCCUGCAUGAAAAUCAUCACCAUUAUGAUUACAAUAUCAUCUUUAUGUCUACCAUAUUCCUAUUAUUUUAUUAUUUCAAGACGUUUGUAUAAUUUCCUCCUCUUUUUUUUUUUUUUUCUCAAAAGAAAAUAGGAGUACCAAACUACCAAAGAGUGUGUGCAAAUAGUGGCUAUGGUUAUAGAUUACCCUUUUUGGCUAUAGAAAAAUGGAUAAGGGUUCAUCAUUUCCCUUUUACAGAAAUGAAAAUUGUUUCAUAAA